UUUUUUCAAUGGGUUCACUAUCUAUCGGAUCACACUUUAAAAAAUAAUGUUUCUUAAUUAUUUGAUGCCUGAGUGAUUUUUUCUGUUUCGAGGUACUCAAUGUGUUAUAUGCCCGAAAUUUCAUUAAUGCAAACCAAGUCAUGCAAACCAAUUCACACUUCAGAAUAUACAGUUUCCCUUUCAGUGACACCCCUUCUCGAGUUGCAGAUAUUUCGGUAAGCCCUUUUUGCAGAUAUUUCGGUGAGCCUUUUUCUUUUUUGUGCCCCUGAAACCGGACUUCAUAAGACCUAUUAUAAGUAUCAAACCCGAGCAAUGAAUAGGAAGGUUUAUUUUGGGUAACAAACGCAUAUUAGCAUACCCAGCCCACUAAAUUGUUUACUGUCAGAUUACCCACUGGAGCAGAAACAGUAACUAUUUAACGGCGCAAAGAGCAACAUCAUUUGAUUCAUUCUGAGAUUGUUCAAUUAAGACAUAACUUCUUAAUUCUUCCAGACAGAUUUGUUGAAGUAAAGAACAUGGAACUUGUUAGAAACGAAGACAACUCAGCUUGCCUCAAAAUACAAGGCCAUGCCAGCAAAACCCUAACGGCAUUGAACACACAGAGACUUUCAGGAAUAUUUUGUGAUGUUAAAUUGACAGUGGAUGACAAGGAGUUUUCAGCCCAUAGGGGUAUUCUGGCAGCUAACAGCAGCUUCUUUCUAGCCAUGUUUACCGCAGAAAUGUUGGAAAAGGACAAGGCAAGAGUCACUCUGAGCAGUGUUAGCAAAGCAGCGAUGGAAAGCAUAUUGGAAUUCAUGUACACAGGCCAGAUACAAAUUGACUUGGCAAAUGUGUUUGAACUGUUACAGGCGUCCAACUUUCUUUUCGUAGACGAGAUUAAGAAAGCAUGUUGUCAAUUUCUAGAGAGCACAGUCGACAUGGAAAACUGUUUUACGAUUCAUACGAUUGCUGACGCUUUUUCUUGCAAUGGUCUGACUCAAACAGUGACCCAAUAUAUCAACCGAAAGUUUACCGAACUUGCCAAAACAGAAACCUUUUUAAAGUUGGCAAAAGAGGAUAUUGUCAAAUUUCUGUCCAGUGACGAUAUACAAAUUGAAAGCGAAGAGCAACUUCUUGAAAUCGUUAAAGAUUGGAUCAACCAUAAUCCGGAAGUGAGAAAAGACUAUUUUACUGAAUUGUUGAAAUUAAUUCGGCUGCCAUUGAUCUCUCUGCCAACCAAUGAAGGCAAUUUAGAUCGAGAGAAACUGAACCAACUCACACUUUUCCCAAGAGUUAAAGAAGUGUCCCAAGCCGGACAAGUUGGCAAAAUAAUCGCAAGAAAGUCAUGCCGAAGUGUUGAAGUGAUUGUGGUGGCAGGUGGAUGUGAUAACUCAGUCAUCCUCGACAGUGUAUGUUGCUUCAUUCCUGCUGUGGAGAAAUGGAUGAAUCUGUCACGCAUGAAGAUCCCUCGAUGGAGGCUUCAAAUGGUGAGCGUGGAGAACAAGCUUUUUACCAUCGGUGGUCUCAGAGACGUUUGUGUCAGAGAUCCCUUAGUUCCUUUCGUGGAACGUUUUAGCGGCCAAAAGAACACCUGGGAUGCAAUUGAUCAGCAACCCGCAGUACAGGAUGUGGAGCUGGAUUCAUUCUGUGCAAUAUUCACUGGCCGCGGUAGCGUCAUUAUGACGGGAGGGCUGGAUCCAAGGACGAACAACUGUAUAUCCCACGUUUGUUCUGUUAAACUUAAAGAUGUCCCUUCAAGUGUGGUACAGCUCACUUCCUUGAUUUGCCCCAGAGCCGGUCACUGUCAAGUGUUGGUAGGAGACUAUGUGUAUGCUAUUGGCGGAUUUCAAACUCCAAACGCACAUGUUAUCUCGGACGUGAUUCGCAGUGUGGAAUGCUAUGAUAUAGCUAAAGAUGUUUGGACUUUCGUUCAACCCAUGAAUGAAGGAAGACAAUUCGCUGCUGCAGUGUCGUUGAAAGACAACAUCUUCAUCUUUGGUGGCUGUGACGGGCACAACGCGCUCCGCUCUUGUGAAGUGUACAACACA